AUGAACAUUAGUGAAGAAGAAGAUAGCUACUUAGAAGUAACUAUUGACGAUGAAAAUAAUUCAAGUGAUGAAAACGAUGUUUCACAUAAGUCUGCAACAGAAAAAACUACAGUUCAGGAAACUGAACCUGAAAAUAAUUUGAAAACAAAAAAAACAAAAUUAUUAAAAGAAAAAAGGCCUACUAAAAAACAAAAACAAAAUGAAGAGUUAGUGUCAUUGUUCAAAAAAAGUAAUGACGAAAGACAACAAAUUAUAAACGCCAUUAACAAAGUUGAGGAAGAUGAUGAUCCCAUUGAUUCAUUUUUUAAAACAAUGGCAUUAACAGUAAAAUCGUUUCCUCAACAUUUGAAAAUAAAAGCCAAAAAAGAAGUGUUCAACAUAAUUACGGAUUUGGAAAUAGAAAAUAACAGCACUACAACGACAUCAAAUAGAAAUAUUCAGUCAACAAGUAGCUUAUUUUCAUCUCCAUAUCCUAGCAUACAAUCAUCGUCAAACUCAGGAUUUUCAACACAUGAUCGUCCGAGUCAAUAUGUUUUUCCAGAGACUACUGAUCGUCAACCUGGAAAUUUGACUGAAUCGCUUGGUGAUAACAAUUAUGAAUUACUUCAGUACGACGAUAGACAGUACGAAUAA